AUGUGGUGGAUCAAGGACCCAGAAAAGAGGCUGCUUUUCAAGAUCGACUUCUUCAUUCUCUCCUUCUGCUGUGUAACCUAUUUCUUCAACUAUCUUGACCGCUCCAACCUGACCAACGCGUAUGUCUCGGGCAUGAAGGAGGAGCUGGCCUUCAAAGGCAACCAGCUCACUGUCAUAAACACCAUAUUCACUGUGGGCUAUAUCCUCGGCCAGGUCCCCUCGAACUUGGCACUAACUUACCUGCCACCACGGUUCUUCUUCCCAUCCAUGGUUCUCCUGUGGGGUGGGUUGACAAUGAUAACCGCCGCUGUGCACAACCCACAAGGAAUCAUGGCUAUCCGGUUCUUUCUGGGGUUGGCUGAGGCAAGUACCUUUUCCGGAACCCAUUAUAUCCUAGGGUCAUGGUAUACCGAGCGUGAGCUAGGCAAAAGAAGCGGAAUUUUUACCGCGAGUGGUCUGGCUGGCACCAUGUUUGGCGGCUUUAUCCAAACGGGAAUUCAUUCAUCGCUGGAUGGUGCAGCAGGUCUGUCGGGCUGGCGAUGGCUGUUCAUAAUCGACGGCUUGAUCACUCUUCCAAUUGCAAUAUAUGGGCUGUUCCUCUUUCCGGAUACACCGACAACCACGAGAGCUCCGUAUCUCACUACAUCUGAACGUGUAUUGGCCGUAUCCCGACUACCAACGGUCAACGCUGACCGCGCUCCAAUCAACCGGGCAUUUUUGAAAGAACUGUUCACUACUUGGUAUUGGUGGGCAUUUGUCAUUCUGUGGGUGAUUGCGGGUGAGACGGAAUCGUUUUCAUCAAACACUCUUUUGGCACUUUAUAUGAAGGCACACCCCACAAUCAAAUACUCGGUAGCUCAACUAAAUAACUAUCCUACUGGGGUUCCUGCUGUCGGAAUCCUCUCGACAUUGUUCUGGGCCACCUUGACGGACUUUCUCGGCGGCAAACGGUAUAUUGUGGGUUACUUCAUCGGCAUUACUGGAGUGGCGACGUCUGCCCUUAUUCUAGCGCGAUUUGAUUCCACCGCAACUGUAUUCGGUGCCUACUACUGGGCAGGCGCAGUUUAUGCAUGUCAAGCCACGUUCUUUGCCUGGGCCAACGAUGCCAUGCGAUCUCGAGAUGCUCGCCAGCGUUCUGUUGUUAUUGCCAGCAUGAACCUGGGUAACAAUGCCGUCAAUGCCUGGUGGAGUAUUAUCUUCUACUCCGCGGACCUGGCGCCGCGCUUUACCCGGGGAAUGUGGGCGAUGAUUGGCUGUUCAAUUGCAUUGGCACUCUGGACGACGGCGAUUUUGGUACAAACUACCCGAGAGGAGAAGGCCCUUGCCAGAUCACAGGCGUUGAAUGGCUUGCCAGAGUGCGUGCGUCAAAGCGAGAAAUCUGACUGA